CUCGGGAGCCUGGUGCUGCUGCGUGGAGUCCUCAUGGUGAGUCCCAUGUGCUUCCUGCUCCAUAGGAAGGCCUUCUGCCAGCAUCAUGUCAUCUCCCAUUCCUACUGUGAACACAUGGCCGUGGUGAAGCUGGUAUGUGAGGACACCAGAGUCAAUGCUGCCUACGGCCUCUCUGUGGCCUUGUCAGUGAUAGGAGCUGACCUCACGGUGAUUGUUGUGUCCUACACCAUGAUCCUGCGAGAGAUAACGAAGCUGUCGUCAUCAAACACACAGCUCAAGACCUUUAACACGUGUGUAUCACAUGUCUGCGUCCUCCUCACAUUUUAUGUCUCUGGACUCUUCACAUUCCUUGCCCACCGGUUUGGACACAGCAUCCCUCAGCACAUCCAUAUAUUGGUGGCCAACCUCUACAUGCUGGUGCCCUCCACUUUAAACCCCAUCAUUUAUGGGCUGAGAACCAAGAAACUCAGGAACAAGAUAGUUGUCCUCUUCCAGCAAAGGGGAAUCUGA